GAAGCAAAUUUUUGGUUAAAUGAAUUAAAAGAUUGAUUUUUCUUUCAUUCUGAAGAGAUGGCAAAAGAUUUUGGAAAGUCUUCUUAUGAAUGUGAUAUCUGUGAAAAAUCAUUCACGACAAAGAGUUAUCUAACUGUUCACAAACGUCUUCAUACCGGAGAAAAACCAUAUCUCUGUGAAACUUGUGGUAAAACGUUCUCUCGGAAUGAUAAGUUAAAUGUUCACAAAUGCAUUAAGAGAAGAGAGAAGCAAUAUAAUUUUUCUUUUACUAAAGAGAUGACAAAAAUGUUAGAAAACUCAUCCUAUGAAUGUUGUAUCUGUAAAAAGUUAUUCACUACAAAAGGUCAUCUUACUACUCAUGUACGCAUUCAUACAGGAGAGAAACCAUAUCACUGUGAUAUCUGUGGUAAAGCAUUCUCUCGAACUGAUGAAUUAACUACUCACAAACGUGUUCAUACAGGAGAGAAACCAUAUGAAUGUGAUAUCUGUGGUCAAUCAUUCACUCGUAAAGAUAUUUUAACUACACACAGACGUAUUCAUACAGGAGAGAAACCAUAUAAGUGUGAUAUGUGCAGUAAAUCAUUUGCUAAAAGUACUAACUUAACUGAUCACAAACGCAUUCAUACUGGAGAAAAACCAUACCAUUGUGAUUUCUGUGGUAGAUCAUUCAAUCAAAAUAACCAGUUAAUUAAGCACAAACGUAUUCAUACUGGAGAAAAGCCAUUUCACUGUAAUAUCUGUGGUGAGUCAUUCUCUCGAAAUGAUAAGUUAAAUGUUCACAAACGCUCUCAUACAGGAGAGAAACCAUAUCAGUGUGAUAUCUGUGGUAAAUCAUUCCCUCAAAAUAGUGGCUUGACUAGACACAAACGUAUUCAUACUGGAGAAAAGCCAUUUCAUUGUGAUAUUUGUGGUAAAUCAUUCCCUCGAAGUAACGCCUUAACUGCACACACACGUACUCAUACUGGAGAAAAACCAUAUCAUUGUGAUAUUUGUGGUAAAGCAUUUUCUCAAAGUCCUGCUGUAACUGUGCACAAACGCAUUCAUACUGGUGAAAACCCAUAUCAUUGUGAUAUCUGUGGUAAGGCAUUUUCUCAAAGCCCUGCUGUAGUUGUACACAGACGUAUUCAUACUGGGGAAAACCCAUAUUAUUGUGAUAUUUGUGACAAAUCAUUUCCUCAAAGAAAUUCCUUGAUUGAUCACAAACGUAUUCAUACUGAAGAAAAUCUAUUCCAUUGUUGAUGUCUGUGGUAAAGCAUUCAUUCGAAAUAUGAAUUUGAGGGAACAUAAACAUUUACUGGAGAAAACCCACAUUGUGAUAUAUGUGGAAAGUAAUUAUCUCAAAAUCAUCAAUUAAGUCAGCACAAGUGUAUUGGUACAUUAAAAAAAAAGCCCAAAAAGCCAAAACAUACCACUAAUAUUUGUGGUAACCCUUUCUCAUCCUCAUGACUUAACCAUGAUGUGUAUUCUUACCUGAGAGAAACUGCUCAUGAAACUUUUGUUAACCAUUUUCUCUGAAAAGUGCUUUAACAAUAAGUAUGUAUUCAUACCAGAGUAUUGACCCUAAAUAAAGGUUUCAAAUUUUAUCACAAAGGCAGCAAUUUUGGGGGAAGGGAUGAGUCAAUUACAUCGACCCCAUUGUUCAACUAGUACUUAUUUUAUCGAUCCCUAAAGGAUGAAAGGCAAAGUCGACCUCAGCAGAAUUUGAACUCAGAAUGUAGCAAUAAAUGAAAUACUACUCAGCAUUUCGUCUGGCAUGCUAAUAAUUCUACCAGGUUGCUGCCUUAGUUGACCCUAAAUAAUCAGGAAUAAAUGAGUCAUAUAAUAGAAUAUUUUCUCAUACUUUAAUAGGACAUAAGUAUUCCUUAAAUAUAUAUAAAUAUACCUGGAUGUACAUAUAUCCUAUGUACACUUUUUCAGGUACAUUAUGUUGAUUGUUUUCAAAUUUUUAUUGUUAUCCCAUCAAGGGACUAGUUUUGUUGUUGGUGACAUUUUUAUUUUUAUUUAUGGUGUGGUUCCUUCUUAACUUUAUGCUGAAACUUACAUGCUCAUGGGUGUAAGCUUUGAAUUAUCAUCGUCAACGUUUUUAUGUCCAUUGUCCAAUCCAUGCCAAUAUGGAAAACAGGCAUGAAAUGAUUAUGAAGAUGUAAGUGCUGGAGUGAGUUGGACCACAUUUUCUCAAACAUUUCAUCAUUUCAAUUGUAAAUUUCAAAUUUCAGAGUUCUGACUGCACCAAUCAUCAUCAUCAUCAUUUAACGUCCGCUUUCCAUGCUGGCAUGAGUUGGAUGGCUUGAGUGAGGACUGGCAAGCCUGGAGGUUGCACCAGGCUCCAAUCUGAUCUGGCAAGGUUUCUACAGCUAGAUGCCAUUCCUAACACCAACCACUCCAAGAGUGUAGUGGGUGCUUUUUACGUGCCACUGGCACAGGAGCCACUCAGGUGAAUGGUGCUUCUUAUGUGCCAUCGGCAUGGGAACCAGUCAGGCUUGUGGAUAUUCAUAACAAUUUGAAAUCUAAAUAAAGUUGGUUUGCUCUUA